CACGUUUUGAUGUGUGACGAGACUCAGUGUGUUCCCUUGUUGCAAAAGUGUGAUGGAGUGUUGGACUGUAGGAACGGAUAUGACGAAAGCGUUCCGUUGUGCGGUUGCCUUCCUAACGAGUUCCAGUGUAACUCCAGCCAUUGCAUCGACAUCUUGCAGCGAUGUGACCUACAGAACGACUGCCAGAACCAGGAGGACGAACUUAACUGUGAAACAUUUGUGUGUCCGGUAACCCACUUUAAAUGCAGCAACCAUAAAUGUAUACCACGUGACCUGGUUUGUGACUUCGACAACAAUUGUGGCGAUAACUCGGACGAGAGCUUCUGUGUUCGUCGGCCAUGUUUGUUUACGGAGUUCACGUGCGACAACGGCGAGUGCACGGCCAUCAACCGGAUGUGUGACGGAGUCUUCAACUGUAGGGACGGAAGUGACGAGAACCCACAACACUGCAGUGAACAGUUCCAGUGCCCCAGCGGUGUCUACGUGAACAGUCUGAGUCGCUGUGAUGGCUGGUUGGACUGCAACCUCACACAUUCCGAUGAGCUGAACUGUGGGGAAUGUUUGCAGCCUAAGUUUUUGUGCGGUAACGGCGAAUGUCUCAGCGAAGCUGCGAUCUGUGACCAGGUGUGUGACUGCAUCCAUUGUGAGGACGAGAUGAACUGUGCUCAUGCUCAUGUCUGCGACGGGGCCAACGACUGCAAGAACACGGCGGCCGGCAUGGACGAGUUCUUUUGUCAUAACUCCAGUGAUUGCUCCAGUUUUCCCCACGUGCAGCCCAACUUCCAAUGUCCGGAGGGUCGGUGCCUGCCGCUGUCAGUCAAGUGUGACCACUACAAAGACUGUCUAGGCGGCGAGGAUGAGAACGAUUGUGACUUCCAGCCCUGUGCGCCAACCCAUUUCCAGUGUGACAACCACAACUGUGUCUCUAUGACGUCACGGUGUGAUGCUGUCAACAACUGUCUGGACUGGUCUGAUGAAAUGGCGUGUGAGAGCCACGUGUGCCCGGACGGUCGUGUCCGGUGCAGCAGCGGUCACUGUAUCCCAUCCUCGUGGUGGUGCAACCACUGGCCCAACUGCCCGGAUAAAUCAGACGAGAAAGAUUGUAGCUACCGCCAAUGCCGCCAGGACGAGUUCACCUGUUCCAACGGAGAGUGCGUGCCCUUGUCAGUCGUCUGCUAUCAGGGUCAAAGAGCAGAGUUCCAAGGUUGCCAGGACCGGUCGCAUCUGGUGUACUGUGAGAACCACACGUGCGGAGAAGGGCAGUUCAAGUGUGGCAAAAGUUUCUGCAUCGACCAGGAGCAGGUCUGUGACGGCAACAUCGACUGCUUUACCACAUUCGUGGACGAGCAGAAAUGUAACUACUCAUGCCCUUACGGCCGUUACCUCUGCACCUGCUACGACCUGGAGAUGAACUGUGAACAUCUGGGCCUCCAGUCGAUCCCGCUGCCCCAAGCCGAGGAGCACAUCGUCAAGUUCCGUCUGAAAGGUAACAUCUUGAACACGACCUUGAACUCAACAACAUUUAGUGGCGCUGGCAGCCACAUGGACAAAAUCACAUACUUAGAUCUCAGUGACAACAGGCUGACCAGCGUGCCAGCGAAUAUUUUCUUCUUCAUGAGGAGUCUCCGGUAUCUGAAUCUGGCCAACAAUUCUUUGAGAGAAAUCAGGAACCACUCGCUGGCCGGUCUCAGGAACCUAACUCAGCUGUAUUUGUCUGGGAACCACAUCAGCCAGAUCCAGCCUGGGUCCUUUCUGGACCUGGGUCAGCUGACCAUACUAGAUCUGAGCUGUCAGAACCUGACUAGACUGGACGCAAACACGUUUCUGGGACUUCAUAACCUACACCUGUUAAAUCUGUCUGGUAACAAACUGGAGGUGCUCUCUGAUGGGGCUUUCAGGGGACUGGAGAGAUUGACCACUCUAGAUUUAUCAAACAACCGGAUCAGAGACAUCAGCAGACGUGUGUUCCACAGCAUCCCCUCCAUGUCACAGCUGAUUACAGAUGAGUACAGGUUCUGCUGUCUGGCCCCCUGGGUUAAAAGCUGCCUGCCAGAAGCCGACGAGUUCUCCUCCUGCGAGGAUCUGAUGUCCAACCACGUACUGAGAGUGUCCAUCUGGAUCCUGGGUCUGGUGGCUUUCUUUGGGAACAUCGUGGUCAUUGUCUGGCGGGCGCGAGAUGUCCGCGGUAGAAAGGUACACUCGUUUCUAAUCACCAAUCUGGCCAUCGGCGACUUCCUCAUGGGCGUCUACCUAAUGGUCAUCGCUGUGGUCGACUCCUACUAUAGGGGUGUCUAUAUGCUGCACGACCAGGUGUGGCGGUCCAGUUACUUGUGUCGCUUCGCUGGCUUUAUAUCCACCUUCUCAUCGGAGCUGUCCGUGCUAACACUGACCAUUAUCACGUUGGAUCGAUUGGUGUGCAUCCUUUUCCCGCUCAGACUGACGAGGCUGAGUGUCAGGGACGCCACGGUUGCCAUGGUUGUCGUUUGGUUGCUGGUUCUGUUAAUUUCCGUAGUUCCGCUGCUGGGAAUCCCCUAUUUUCUGAACUUCUACGGCAGAUCUGGGGUGUGCCUGGCCCUCCACGUGACCCCGGCCCGACCCGCAGGCUGGGAGUUUUCUGUGGCUGUGUUCCUGGUGUUGAACUUGGUCUCGUUUCUGGUCAUCGCUGCCUCAUAUAUCUGGAUGUUUAUUGUUGCCAAGGAAACCAGAUCUGCAGUUCGAGGCCCAGAGAAUAAAAGUGACCUUGCUAUGGCACGAAGGAUGACCUUGAUUGUGAUGACUGACUUUGUUUGCUGGGUGCCAAUCAUAUUCCUGGGAUUUGCAUCACUGGGUGGUGCUAAUGCUUCUAAUUAUGUGUAUGCAUGGAUCGCUGUGUUUAUUCUGCCCCUCAAUUCGGCUGUCAACCCGCUCCUCUACACAUUGUCCACGACUCCAUUUUUGAUGAACAUUCGCAAGAGAGCCUACCGUUUCCGCAAAUCGUUUAUGACCUCA